UGCCGGUGAUGCGUGAGGCUCAGCGAACCCAGGCAGCAAGGGGUACGUGGGAGGGACGUCAUUUGCAUAACGGCCGCCCCUUGCCUCCUUACGCGGGUCGGGGUCCCGCCCUUCACUCGACUUGAAAUCUGUUGGGCCACCGACGGGUCACUCCCACUCAGUCAAGCCUUGGCGGGCGGUCCUGGGAGCGGAUUGGCUCUGAGGUUUUCCACAAGGCGGCGGCUAUAAGAGCCGGGAGCUGAGCAAGAGGGGCGGGAGAUUCUGGCUGCGCUCGCGGUGUCCGGUGCGAGUCGACCGUUAGUUGACGCCGCGGAUUUUUCUGCCCCUGGUGUUGUCUCCUAACGUCGCUUGCCAGUCUUUCAGUCAGCAUGUCUGCCCGCGGCCCGGCUAUCGGCAUCGACCUGGGCACCACCUACUCGUGCGUGGGGGUCUUCCAACAUGGCAAGGUGGAGAUUAUCGCCAACGACCAGGGCAACCGCACCACCCCCAGCUACGUGGCCUUCACCGACACCGAACGCCUCAUCGGCGACGCCGCCAAGAACCAGGUGGCCAUGAACCCUACCAACACCAUCUUCGACGCCAAGAGGCUGAUCGGACGGAAGUUCGAGGACUCCACAGUGCAGUCGGACAUGAAGCACUGGCCGUUCCGGGUGGUGAGCGAGGGAGGGAAGCCCAAAGUGCAGGUGGAGUACAAGGGAGAGAUGAAGACCUUCUUCCCGGAGGAGAUCUCCUCCAUGGUCCUCACUAAGAUGAAGGAGAUCGCCGAAGCCUACCUGGGGGGCAAGGUGCAGAGCGCGGUCAUCACCGUACCGGCGUAUUUCAACGACUCGCAGCGUCAGGCCACCAAGGACGCGGGCACCAUCACGGGCCUCAAUGUGCUGCGCAUCAUCAACGAGCCCACCGCGGCGGCCAUCGCCUAUGGCCUGGACAAGAAGGGCUGCGCGGGCGGGGAGAAGAACGUGCUUAUCUUUGACCUGGGCGGCGGCACCUUCGACGUGUCCAUCCUGACCAUCGAGGAUGGCAUCUUCGAGGUGAAGUCCACGGCGGGCGACACCCACCUGGGCGGCGAGGACUUCGACAACCGCAUGGUGAGCCACCUGGCGGAGGAGUUCAAGCGCAAGCACAAGAAGGACAUUGGGCCCAACAAGCGCGCGGUGCGGCGGCUUCGUACCGCCUGCGAGCGCGCCAAGCGCACCCUGAGCUCGUCCACGCAGGCCAGCAUCGAGAUCGAUUCGCUCUACGAGGGUGUGGACUUCUACACGUCCAUCACCCGCGCCCGCUUCGAGGAGCUCAACGCCGACCUGUUCCGCGGGACCCUGGAGCCGGUAGAGAAGGCGCUGCGCGACGCCAAGCUGGACAAGGGCCAGAUCCAGGAGAUCGUGCUGGUGGGCGGCUCCACCCGCAUCCCCAAGAUCCAGAAGCUGCUGCAGGAUUUCUUCAACGGCAAGGAGCUGAACAAGAGCAUCAACCCCGACGAGGCGGUGGCCUACGGAGCCGCGGUGCAGGCGGCCAUCCUUAUCGGGGACAAGUCAGAGAACGUGCAGGACCUGCUGCUACUCGACGUGACCCCGUUGUCCCUGGGCAUCGAGACGGCUGGCGGCGUCAUGACCCCACUCAUCAAGAGGAACACCACGAUCCCCACCAAGCAGACGCAGACCUUCACCACCUACUCCGAUAACCAGAGCAGCGUGCUGGUGCAGGUGUACGAGGGCGAACGGGCCAUGACCAAGGACAAUAACCUGCUCGGCAAGUUCGACCUGACCGGGAUUCCCCCGGCGCCCCGCGGUGUCCCCCAGAUCGAAGUCACCUUCGACAUCGACGCCAACGGCAUCCUCAAUGUCACCGCCGCCGACAAGAGCACCGGUAAAGAAAACAAAAUCACCAUCACCAACGACAAGGGUCGUCUGAGCAAGGACGACAUUGACCGGAUGGUGCAGGAGGCGGAACGGUACAAAUCGGAAGAUGAAGCCAAUCGCGACCGGGUCGCCGCCAAAAAUGCCGUGGAGUCCUAUACCUACAACAUUAAGCAGACGGUGGAAGACGAGAAACUGAGGGGCAAGAUUAGCGAGCAGGACAAAAACAAGAUCCUCGACAAGUGCCAGGAGGUGAUCAGCUGGCUCGACCGAAACCAGAUGGCAGAGAAAGAUGAGUAUGAACACAAGCAGAAAGAGCUGGAAAGAGUGUGCAACCCCAUCAUCAGCAAGCUUUACCAAGGCGGCCCUGGCAGCGGCGCGUCCGGAGCCUCCGGGGGACCCACCAUCGAGGAAGUGGACUAAGCUUUCACUGAAGUCUGAGUAAACCUCUUUUCCUUUCUCUAUUUUUUUUCCUUUUAUUUUUGUUUCUUUGAAAUGCCCUUGUGCCAAGUACGAGAUCUAUUGUUUGAAGUCUUUAGUCCGGUGUAUGCAUAAGAAAGGAAAGAUGCAACAACUUAGUUUAAAGGUUAGUUCUAAAGUUUGAUUUUAAAAACAUUUGAGGUUUCUCUUUAAUGUAUUUUGCGUAUUUGCUGACUUGAGCAUUUUUGGUUAGCUUAGUUUGAGAUGGGAAACCUGAAGUUUGCACACAUGUUCUGUGGAAGCUUAGUAAUAAAAUAUAUAGAAGCUUGAAUUGUUUAUUUUUAUGUACUACUUUAAGACAAAAGUGAACAUUGCAGUAAAGUCAAGGACAGGCAUUCUUUUUGCAGACAAUUGCAUAAAUAGAAAUUUGAAGUAAAGCUGAAAUUGAUCUCAAAAUUACUGUCUUGGAGUUUUCAAUUUUCCCUUGAUACUGUUUUACCCAUGUUGAUCUUUAAGUAAGAUAUUAAUAUGAGGUGAAAUUUAUCUAACUCAGUCUUGUCUAAUUCUCAGAUGAGGUUCCUGCUUUGAAUUACCAACAACUGAAGGGGAAAAGAUCUGGAUAACCCACCCCCCACCCCCAAUUUUAAUACAGAAACCAGACUGGGGUCUUCCAGUGUACCCAAACUCCUAAGGCUUGGCUUAAGCGUUCAAGUGAAAAUCUACCUGAAUAUUCCAACAAAAUACAAGCUAUAUUCUGGAGUUCAGUGUAAAAUGAUUCUUUCUCUGAACAAAAGCUGGGGCAGCUAUUAUCUUCUGAUAAUAGCCCAAAGUAGUAUGAAAAGUUUUCUGUGACAGGUGCCUAAAACAAGAGUCAGUAGGCAGACUUUAAAGCCACUUAAUAUUUAGAGCCCAAAUUUAGUCAAGCUUGUUUUAAUUUUCUAGUAAAACAGCUCAACUUCUGAGCUUAAGGCAAAUUUCAUAAGGAUAUGUUUCCAGCAGAUGUAAGUUCUUGGGGGUGGGGUGGGGAUAGGAGAAGAGAAUAUAGAUAUGUUUCCAGCAGAUGUAAGUUCUUGGGGGUGGGGUGGGGAUAGGAGAAGAUAAUAUAGUGGGUUGUUUUUUUUCUGAUUUAAGAAUCAUAAUGGUUUUGUUGUAAUACCUGCCUUAAAUCA